AGGCUUGCUGAUCUUCUCUAGCACUUUUUUUUUAAAUCUUCAACAGUUUGACCUAAAAUAAUGUCACCCUCCCCAACAUGGUGUUGGAUCAUUGUCUCCCCAUCAGCCACUGACCACUCCCCCCACCCCCCGGGGAAAAUGGGGUAACAGAAAAAGAACAGGCUUCCCUCGUCUUUGUGCUGACCCACAGCGUCACCAGGAGUCUGGUCGGAGAAUUUCGAGCUGUCGCCUUGAAUCUCGAGUUAACUUCCAGCCUCCACGGCCAGGCGGAGAGUAAUUGUCUCCUGCCAGGAUCAGGAUGGGGGCAGUGUGAGGGAGAGAGAGAAAACACACACAUCACUCUGAUCCAUCCAGACUCGACAACAACUAAAAAAAACAGCCAGGCUGGAUACCAGGAGGCAGCUUGGAACUGGGGGAAGAAAAGGUCUCUUGGAACAGCUCCUGAACGAGUGAAAAGAUGUUUUCGCUGAAGGGGUCUUGCACGUUAUUGGUCCUUUUGCUUAAUAAAGUUGUGCUCGGACUAUACUUCCCCAGGAAGACCUACCAGACGACUGUGUACAUUGGACAGCCAGCAGAUACUCCUCUGCUCCAGGUCUACGCUUUACCUGAGGAAGGGAACCGCACAGCCUACUUUGGGUUUUGCAACAAUCUGCUGAAUGGAUUUCGACACCAGUGGUUUCGAAUCGAUGAGCGAUCUGGUGUCUUUUACCUCAACAAAACACUGGAGGAGAAUGAUCUCCAACUGCUGGGUAAUAUGGGCGGACCGGAGCUGUAUAAGAUCACACUGCAUAUCUUUGCUGCUCCUGAACCCCGUCGGGAGAAGGAGUGUAAGGCCCAAGUGAUUGUUAUUGUGGUGAAUAAAAGCUCACCCCCCUGUGCCAAUAUCACGGCGGAAGACCUCUGCUUUGGGGAAGUGGAUUCAAAGGUUCAAAUUAUCGAGAACACGUAUCCUGGCACAUUCUUUCAAAUGGGCUCCUUGCCAAACCAGUACCAAUGCCAAUUUGCAAAUAUCUCCUAUCAUCUAGCAGCAGAUGGUUUGGGUCCGUUCAGGAUUAAUGAGAAGACAUCAGAGGUCAGUGUGGAAAGGUCCUUGGACAGGGAACAGAGGGAAACGUACGAGAUGAUUGUCAAAUGUAUCUUGCGGACACCUAUGCAAGUGAUGCAGGUUGGGAGGUCCUUGCAUGUGACUGUUCUUGACAAAGGUGACAAUGCCCCAUACCUCCCUGAUGGUAACGACACGGCUGAGGCGUUCAUUGAGUUCAACAGGAAAGAGAACACUGUGGUGGUGUCCCUCUCGGUGUAUGACACAGACAGCACCACCAAGUACACAGCUACAGUGAUGAGGAAUGACACUUGGAUCACAGACAACUUCCGAGUGAAGGCCACACCUUUGGAGAUACCUGCCAGCACCAAAAUGCCUGCUCGAGGGACGGUGAACAAAUAUGAGUUGAUACUGAAGAAAAACCUAUCAAUCUCCGAGAACCGGUCAUUUACUUUGGACGUCCUGGUCCGUGAUACAGAAUAUAAUGGUCCCAAUAGCUCAGUGAUGCUCCAUUUCAACGUCACCAUCCGCCCAAUCAUCAUUGAGUUCACUGACAACGUGUUCCAUUUCUUGUUGAACAGGAAUGCAGGACGGUCUGCAAAGAUUGGAAGGAUUUGCAUCGCAAACUGUCACAACUUUCAAGCAUUAAAUAUAACUUACACGCUGGUGCCCCUGACUCAGACCGAGGAGAACAUCACGCAUCAGGAAAGAAACUGUUCUUCCAUCGUGGGGGUCCUUAAGAGAGCUGAGGAUAUAUUCGGGUUCCUGUACAUCAAUGAUGUGAAGAUGUUGAGAGCAGGCUCCUGCUCCAGGCUUCACUAUACCAUCAUUGCCAAUGAGUCUUUGAGCAAGGAGGUGGCUAAAGCCAGUAUUAUCGUCACUCUCGAGGGCUCAUACACAGACAGAAAUAACAAUUGUCCCAAAAUCUGUGCGACAAACAGGCAGCGCUCUGAGUGUGAGGAAUGUGGCGGUCUUGGUACAUUAACGGGGAAAUGUCAGUGGCGACAGGGCUUUGAAAAGGGUAUAUCAAAAAAUUACUCCACUUGCUCAUCAGACCUCACCAGUUGUCCUGACGGGUACUGCGAUGUCGUGGAAAAGAAGAAGAGCACAUGUCCCCAAGAUUGCAUUGAAUGGGACAAGGUUGUUGGCGGAUUUGAACCUGGAGAGCUGGGAGGAAUUAAAGGAGGUUUCGGAACCUGCGUCUGCUAUUCUGAUAACAAAUGUGUUUGCCAAAAGGAUGAUGUUGUUGAGUUGGUUUGUGAUGAUCUGUGUAAAACCAUCAUUGCAGCUGCAGUGUUGCUAUCCUUUAUCCUGUCUGUGCUGCUGUCUUCCUAUUUCAUCCACCGGUACCACAAGAACGCUCCCAAGCCGCCCAUCGCCUCAGCGGAAAUGACCUUCAGAAGGCCAGCUCAAGCCUAUCCCAUCAGCUACUCCUCAAACAACAUUCGGAGACCUUCCAUGGAUUCAAUGGAAAAUCAAGUGGCAGUGGAUUCCUUCAAGAUACCAGAGGAUCCCAAGUGGGAAUUUCCGAGGAAGAACCUGGUCCUGGGUAAGACCCUUGGGGAAGGAGAAUUUGGGAAAGUGGUGAAGGCGACAGCAUUCAGGCUCAAGGGCAAAGCAGGCUACACCACUGUGGCGGUCAAGAUGUUGAAAGAAAACGCGUCUCAGAGUGAGCUACGGGACCUCUUAUCAGAGUUCAAUCUGCUGAAACAAGUCAGUCACCCCCAUAUUAUCAAGCUGUAUGGAGCCUGCUGUCAAGAUGGCCCUCUGUAUCUCAUCGUAGAAUAUGCCAAAUAUGGAUCUCUGAGGAGCUUCCUAAGGGAAAGUCGCAAAGUCGGCCCCAGUUACUUGGGUGAAGGCAAUCGAAAUUCCAGCUACUUGGAUAAUCCAGAUGAGCGAGCUCUGACCAUGGGAGACUUGAUAUCCUUUGCCUGGCAGAUCUCCCGUGGCAUGCAGUACCUGGCUGAAAUGAAGCUUGUCCAUCGUGAUCUGGCAGCACGGAAUGUUCUAGUCGCUGAGGGACGCAAGAUGAAGAUUUCUGAUUUUGGGCUCUCCAGGGACGUGUAUGAGGAGGACUCUUACGUAAAAAGAAGCAAGGUAUUGUCUCUUCAUUUAUCAUCCCCGUCAUCUGCAAACCUCAUCUUAGUACGUUACGUAUGGUCCUUUGGCAUUCUCCUUUGGGAAAUCGUGACACUGGGUGGAAAUCCAUACCCUGGAAUUGCCCCGGAACGACUCUUCAAUCUCCUGAAAACUGGAUACCGGAUGGAACGGCCAGAAAACUGCAGUGAGGAAAUGUACAACUUGAUGCUGCGAUGUUGGAAACAGGAGCCAGACAAACGGCCGACUUUCGCAGAAAUCAGCAAAGAGCUGGAGAAAAUGAUGGUGAAGAGCCGGGACUACUUGGACCUUGCAGCCUCCACGCCAUCGGAUUCCCUGCUCUAUGAUGACGGAGUGGCUGAAGAAGAGACGCCAUUGGUAGACUGUAAUAAUGCUCCCCUCCCUCGGUCCCUCCCCUCCACAUGGAUUGAAAACAAACUCUACGGCAUCUCGUAUCCUUGCUGGUCCGAAGACUGCCCUGUCCCCAUCACAAGAUUCGAUGGAACUAACUCAGUCUUUACAAGAUAUGCAAAUGAUAGUGUUUAUGCAAACUGGAUGAUGCCACCUACAGCUGUAAAAUUUAUGGAGCGGUGCGAUAGUUAAUAGUUAAAAAAAACACACUGCCCAUGGAGAGCCAACAAAGUUGCACACGAGUCUCAUCCACACACAAUACAAAACGCACGCACAUUAUUUCUUUGGCUCCACUCUAUAACACUGGACAGGCCGAAACUGGGUGAAUGUAGACUCUGAGGUUCUCAUAUGGUGCCAGAGAAAUUGGGACAGAGUGACUGAUCUCUUGAGUCCUCGCCUGUGGCGACUUUUCCUUCAUAGCGGUCUCUCUUUCGCCUUCGAAACUCCUGGUGUUGAGGGCCAGUGUGCCCUGAAGCUGGGUGGAAGUGACUGGAUCUCCUGCUUGGAUGAUCUCGGUCAUUAACUUCCAAACCCCAAGAGUCAGAAAUGCGAAGCAUGCCAAAGUCGAAUAGCUCGCAUGCCGGAGGCGAAAGGGACGGCGACGCAGGGAAAUGAUUUGCAAGGCUUGAAACAUUGCAGCAACUUCUGUGCCAACCCCUGAUGUUCUGAGGCUGAACCAAUUAGAUUUUUAGAGUGACUUAUUCCUGUGAUUUUAAAUAACCCAACCCUAUCCAUUACAAGCAACGGCCCAGUGAUGGCCAAUUGGUAAUUUGCAUUUGGUACAGCUGGAUUCAGUGACACUGGCUCUGUCCCUCCAGAGCAAUGUUUACUGUCUCUGUCUGUGCACCAGGUCUCCACCGAGUGACAGUCCCUGACGCAAAUGGGGUUGGGUGGAUAUCUGAAUGCAAGAUGAUGUUCAGGAGCAUCAGAAGGAGGCCAUUCAGCCCCUCACAUCCUGGUUUAGUCGCCUCCCUCCAUUCUUCCUUGCCUUGGGAUGGUACAAAUCCCUGAGUAAAAAAUACAUUGAGGGAGCAGUGUCAGAGCAAGGAAGAGGUCCUCCACCACCACCAUCUCAGGGAAUAUAGCAUCGGGCAUUGGCCAUUCAGCCCCAUUCAAGCCUGUGCUACCAUUUCACCCUCCAUCCAGCAGCCUUGAUUCUACAAGGGCCAGAGAAAGUGGUAUAAUGGUAAUAUCACUGCACCAGCAACCCCGAGGCCUUGGAAACAUGGGUUCAAAUACCACCACAGCAGCAACAGCUGGAAUCUAAAUGCACUGUUGAAAAUCUGCAGUUGGAAGCUAGUCUCAGUUGUUGUGGCUAGAGCAACUACAAAUGAUGGUUCAAAAAAAAAUCUUUCCUGCAAAGGCAUUUUUUUUAAAGGCAAAAAAAAAUCAUGGGCUGUAGGAAUUGUUGGU